AGGAUUUUUCCAAGUCAAGAAUAAUUACUAAUCUCUGAUCUUGUUUCAUGAGCAGAUUGUAUUGAGAAACAGGCUUUAUGUGGGUGCAUAUCUUGGCUCCUGAGAUCCUUGACCACAUUUGACUGAGCUUUUUAAUUCUUUAGGAUGUUUGGUAGGAAAUUUCUCCCAGCAACUUUAGAACCCUUUUGAAGAGCCUGGGUACUCAGGCCAAGGUGUUGACCAAAGGGAGUUGGAAAGACUUAUCAGUUGCUUGGGGCCUUCUUACAUAAGGCAGCUGUGCUUUGGGGGAUUCAGGGUCUUGCCAGUGGAGAUGUAAUUAGAACAUUUUCUUUUCUUUUGGAACAGUUGAGCCCCAUAUGGGGGUUGGCAGGCAGCAGAGAGGACCCUUUCAAGGUGUUCGUGUGAAGAACUCGGUGAAGGAGCUCUUGCUGCAUAUCCGAAGUCAUAAACAGAAGGCCUCUGGCCAGGCUGUGGAUGGUUUUAAGACACAGAGUGUAAACAUUGACCAAUUCACAGAAUUGAAGAACACAGUGUCCUACAGUGGGAAAAGAAAAGGGACUGAUUUUCUGUCAGAUGGAUCAGCUUGCAAAAGGUCAGCUAUCUUCCACACUCACUUUGUGACACCACCUCAGACACUGACACCUGGGGAGAGCAUGGAAGAUGUUCGUCACAGUGACUCCAAACCCAACAGCAGUGCCGAUCUGCUUCAGAACAUUAUAAAUAUUAAGAAUGAAUGCAGCUCGGUUUCGCUGAACACAGUCCAAGUUAGCUGGAUGAACCCUGUGCUCCCCCAGAGCUCACCCCCGGACCCGCAUCAGGACUUCCAUGGAGGGCAGGUCUUCUCUCCACCUCAGAAGUAUCAACCGCUCCAAGUCAGCAGCUCCCCGCAAGUGAUGGACCAGGCUUCCGUGUACCAGUAUUCUCCGCCGAGCCGGAGCGCGGAGCCGCAGCCGCACUACGUGCACAGCCCGUCGCUGCAGUACGCCGCCCACUCUGGGCCGCCGCAGCCCCCCACCCACGAGCCCAGCCUCUUCGAUCAUCAGGAGCCACACUUCUGCCCCAACCAAAGUUUUGUGUCCCUACUUAGUGGUCCUGGGGAGUCUGAGAAUAUGGCUGUUCCCCUGCAGACCUCCUCUGAAGUCCAGCAACAACAUGGUGCUCAUCUGCAGAGCUUCAGCAUGACGCCAAACGAUGCCUGCGGCGCGCUGGGUGUGCUCGAGGCAGGCGACCCCUCCCUCGGCGCGUCACUGCCCUUCCAGAACAUCAUCGGGAGCCCAAUGAGCACCACGCAGUUGGGGAAGUCACUUUUUCAGUGGCAGGUAGAGCAGGAAGAAAGCAAAUUGGCAAAUAUUUCCCAAGACCAGUUUCUUUCUAAGGAUGCAGAUGGUGACACGUUUCUUCAUAUUGCUGUUGCUCAAGGUAGAAGAGCUCUCUCCUAUGUCCUUGCAAGAAAGAUGAAUGCUGUCCACAUGCUGGAUGUCAAGGAGCACAACGGGCAGAGUGCCUUCCAGGUGGCAGUGGCUGCCAAUCAGCACCUCAUAGUGCAGGAUCUGGUGAACCUGGGGGCCCAGGUGAACACCACAGACUGCUGGGGGAGAACACCCCUGCAUGUGUGUGCUGAGAAGGGCCACUCUCAGGUGCUGCAGGCAAUCCAGAAGGGGGCCAUGAGGAGCAAUCAGUUUGUGGACCUUGAGGCAACUAACUAUGAGGGCCUGACUCCGCUGCAUUGUGCUGUCAUGGCCCACAAUGCCGCCGUGCAUGAGCUCCAGAGAAACCAGCAGCCUCACUCGCCCGCAGUCCAGGAGCUGUUGCUGAAGACUAAGAGUCUGGUGGACACCAUUAAGUGUCUGAUUCAGAUGGGAGCAGCGGUAGAAGCAAAGGACCGUAAAAGUGGCCGAACAGCCCUGCACUUGGCAGCAGAAGAAGCAAAUCUGGAACUCAUCCGCCUCUUUUUGGAGCUGCCCAGUUGCCUGUCUUUUGUGAAUGCAAAGGCUUACAAUGGAAACACUGCCCUCCAUGUUGCUGCCAGUCUGCAGUAUCGGGUGACUCAGCUGGAUGCCGUCCGCCUGCUGAUGAGAAAGGGAGCGGAUCCAAGUACUCGGAACUUGGAGAAUGAGCAGCCAGUGCAUUUGGUUCCCGAUGGCCCCGUGGGAGAACAGAUCCGACGUAUACUGAAGGGAAAGUCCAUUCAGCAGAGAGCACCACUGUAUUAGCUCUGUUGGCCUGGCGUCGGGUCAGCAACACUCACUGUCAGUUAGGCAGUCCUGAUGUAUCUGUACAUAGACCAUUUGCCCCGUAUUGGCAAAUGUAAGUUGUUUCUACGAAACAAACACAUUUAGUUCACUAUUAUAUAGUGGGUUAUAUUAAAAGAAGAAGAAAAUGUCCAAUUUCUCUUGGCAGAUUUGCAUAUUUCAUACCCACGUAUCUGGGAUCUAUACACCUGAAUUUGAUCUGAAUGAUAAAAUUGUCUUCAAUAAAGUAGCUUUUGGGUGGGAAAAGACUGAUUCAUGGCAUAAGGCAUUGCUCAUGUAGCUGUUACCAGUUUCAAAGCAGGUAAAUUUUCAACUUUUUAUUUUUUUUAAAGAAAAAUGAAAGCAUUUGAAAGGAAAGAAAAAAACUGGUUAUGUGGUUGAGGCUUCUUUCGGCUUGACACAGCACCUGGUGGGUCCUUGCCUUGGACUAGGUAGAAGGCAUCUGGGUUAGAUUUUGAUCUGUGUAACCAAUAUGUAGUUGUUAACUUUUACUUGUAAAAACAUUGUACAUAUUUGGUUAUUAAGGCAGACAUUUGAAUGUAUACAUCAAUAAAGUAGAAAAGAAUAAGUGAAUUGUCACUGACUUUUAAAAUUAUAUACACUCAAAGGAUGUGUUAUUGUGUAAUUGCCCAACUGAAGUCUUUGUAAAUAAAGCAAGUGGGAGUUGGUCCCCAAGUCAUUGUUUGAAAUUCUCAUGCAUUGGAAUGAGGCACAUUGUAUGCAGGUUACUGUAUAUUUUUGAAGAGAACCUUUCUAUGGUAUAUCUUCUAGAAUUUUUAUUUUACAUGUUCUGUUGAAAUUUUUUGUUUAUAAAAACAAAAAUUCAACGUUAAAACAUUUCUGUUGUCUAUUGUCAUGGAAUAGUAAUGUGUCAUAAUGCUUGUGUUAUUCAUAAAACUGUUUUUCUUUUUAGUAAUGUUAAUUCUGUUAACAUAAUUUUGCUUAUAUCUGGUAUGUCCUGAGGAAUUUGGCUUUGACUGCAUACCCUUUAUGAUCAAUAUGAUUCAUUCAAAAUGACCAGUCUUUUAAGUCACUAACGUAACAUCUUUGUAGCUGAGUGCUUUUUAAAAAGAUAACCUUUGAAUUGAGCACAUUGAUCCAGUAUGUCUUAUGGACAAAAGUUAGGUAGUAAUUACUUGGUAUCUGUAAGUAUGGUAGGAUGAAAACCAGUCCGUUUCACACUGGAAAUCUUAUGAAUGGUUUCAAAUAAAUAUUAAUAAACUCA